CUGCUGUCAUUGAUGUAAUUCUGUAGCACUUAGCAAAGCACACAGAGUACCGUAGGCUUUUUCGGAUUUUCUUCAUAAUAAUGGCAACACUGGUGGCAAACAGAGUUAUGGACGUCAACGGCUUGGCAGCUGCUGCGAGGACACACACUCAAGCUGUGACCAGGAAUUACAUCUCUCAACCCAGGCUAACGUACUCCACUGUGUCGGGUGUAAACGGACCUCUGGUAAUCCUGGAUAAUGUUAAGUUCCCUAGAUAUGCUGAGAUUGUUCAUCUGACCUUGCCAGAUGGCACCAAGAGGAGCGGGCAGGUUUUAGAAGUGAUUGGCAGCAAGGCAGUCGUCCAGGUGUUUGAGGGAACAUCAGGCAUUGACGCCAAAAAGACGGCCUGCGAGUUCACUGGAGAUAUCCUGCGAACCCCGGUGUCAGAGGACAUGUUGGGGCGGGUGUUCAACGGUUCCGGCAAACCCAUUGAUCGUGGCCCCAGCGUUCUGGCUGAGGACUACUUGGACAUUAUGGGUCAGCCUAUCAAUCCUCAGUGCCGUAUCUACCCCGAGGAGAUGAUUCAGACUGGCAUCUCGGCCAUCGAUGGAAUGAACAGCAUCGCCAGAGGACAGAAGAUCCCCAUUUUUUCUGCUGCUGGGUUGCCCCACAACGAGAUUGCUGCUCAGAUCUGUCGUCAGGCUGGCCUCGUGCAGAAGUCCAAGGAUGUGAUGGACUACAGUGCUGAGAACUUUGCUAUCGUUUUUGCAGCCAUGGGGGUCAACAUGGAAACUGCUCGCUUCUUCAAGUCUGAUUUUGAGGAAAAUGGCUCCAUGGACAACGUCUGCCUCUUCCUGAACCUGGCCAACGAUCCAACCAUCGAGCGCAUCAUUACACCCCGCCUGGCACUGACCACUGCAGAGUACCUGGCCUACCAGUGUGAGAAGCAUGUCCUGGUCAUCCUCACUGACAUGAGCUCCUACGCUGAAGCUCUGAGAGAGGUCUCUGCUGCCCGAGAGGAAGUGCCCGGCCGUCGAGGCUUUCCUGGCUACAUGUACACCGAUCUGGCCACCAUCUAUGAACGUGCCGGCCGAGUGGAGGGUAGAAAUGGCUCCAUCACCCAAAUUCCCAUUCUCACUAUGCCUAAUGACGAUAUCACCCAUCCCAUCCCUGAUCUUACUGGAUACAUCACAGAGGGUCAGGUCUACGUGGACAGACAGCUGCACAACAGACAGAUCUACCCUCCUAUUAAUGUGUUGCCCUCGCUGUCACGUCUGAUGAAGUCUGCCAUUGGUGAAGGGAUGACCAGGAAGGACCACGCUGAUGUGUCCAACCAGCUGUACGCCUGUUACGCCAUCGGUAAGGAUGUCCAGGCCAUGAAGGCUGUGGUGGGAGAAGAAGCCCUCACCUCUGACGACCUGCUCUACCUGGAGUUCCUGCAGAAGUUUGAGAAGAAUUUCAUUGCUCAGGGCCCGUACGACAACAGGACGGUGUAUGAAACCCUGGACAUCGGCUGGCAGCUGCUGCGAAUCUUCCCCAAAGAGAUGCUCAAGAGGAUUCCUCAGAGCACUCUGGCUGAGUUCUACCCCAGGGAGUCCGCCGCCCGCCACUGAGGCAUUCUUACAGAUCUUCUGCUUCAAGCCUGCCCCCCCCCCCCCCCCCCCCGCAUUGCUGUUUAUUUCCUCCUCACCCCACAGCCUUAGACUUCAAGGGAGUGUUAAAGGCAGAUGUUCGUCAAGCCUCCACCCAUCCCAGACUCCACUUCCUCUUUCUCCUCCUCCUUAGUCGUCUUUAUUUCCAUGAAUCAUUGCACCCUGUGGCACCCCCACCUCCCCACCCCCAAACAAGAACAGGGCAAAAAUCCCCCCAGUGCGUAGGUGUACCGUAGUGUAUCAGUGUUCUGAAGUUGUGGAUGAAGUGUCGAUGGUUCCAUUACCUACUUUUGAUCACAUAUCACAAUAAUUUUAGAUCAGUCUUUAUUUAUUUGCUUAUUACUUCUGAUUCUUCUUCUUUUGUUUCUCUCUUUUAAUAAAUGCUUUGUAUCCCCACCCCCCGGUAAGAAGAGGAUCAAUGUCACCGUAUCGCUGUUAGCUGAAGGCGACUUUUUUUAAACCUGUACGCUUAUGUUUCUGAUCAUUGUGCAUCAGUUUAUUUCAGAAAGCUGCUGUAUCGUUCCAUCUUUUUCUGAUUUUACAUUUCAGCAGAACAUUUAAUAAACGGAUGAACUAGGGCCACAAGCAGAGAUCAAAUUUUACUCUAUGUUCCCAAAUAACUUUCACUUUUUUGUUGUUCCCUCUCAUAAAACAUCGUGUUUACAUCUUUUGUGUUUUGUUGACAAAGUAAGACUAUAUAAAAGUAUAUUAAACAUUCCCAGCUGUUUGCAGUAAUUAUGUUUGUUGUGCAGCCAUAAUGUUUUGUGAGUGUAUGUAUCUGUGAAUAGAUUAAAUUAUACG